AUGUCAAGACUCAGUGCAAUUUCUGGAGGUUACGGCAAGCGCCAGCUACAGUCCCCUAGCUCAGCCUUGCGGGCCAAAGUUGGAGAUGCCUACCAUCUGAGAGAUUUUACGGGGGAUUUUUGGGGCCAGAAUAUGUUUACCAUCGGGCGCGCGCUCCUCUUUUGCCCGCGUAGCUCAGUCGGUAGCGGCGCUGUACCCCUGAUCUACCUGUCAUGA